AUGGGCAUCACACUCAUACACAACUCAUUCAAGCAGCCCGGCCCGGCCCGGCCCGGCCCGGCCCCAACAUCGAGACCGGGCACAGCUUGCUCUUCUGCGAAGGCAGGUCUCCCCAGGAUCGUCUCCGACGUGGCCCAGUCCUCGGAAGCGACGGCGGGAGCAAACUGCAGUCUGAUCCACCGCUUCAAUGGUGAUCAGCCGGCGGCUCUCUGGAUGGAUGGUUUCUUGUUCGACGACUUACCGACAGCGCUGCUGUUCACAACGAUGCUCUGGGCAGAUCCCCGCCGUGGCAACGAACCCGCAACACGGGAGUUCUUCAUGUUGGCAGUUGGAUGA